AUGUACACAGAAGAGUAUGAUGAAUCCGAGACAGCUCUAGUGACAGAAGAAUGGGAUGAGGAAUCAUGGAUAGAACAACUAGCAGCUGAUGGUGAUGAAGAUGCCGUGUUGAUCUGUGAAUAUGAAGGUGCCAUGCAAGACACCCUCCAGGAGGAUGAAUCUCUUGCCACCACUCUGAAUGCCUACACAGAUGCAAGGCGCCGUCUCAAUGAUCGUUUCAAGAACCAGAGACUCCGUGGAAGUUCCGGCUCAAACUCAAAUGCUCAAGCACCUGCCAUGAUGGCCCUUAGCCAACCCAUGGAUGAUGAUGAAACCAUGCCCCUAGAGUUCAUGAUGCUGCCUGAGAUCGUCGAAGAUGCCCCUGCAGUCUCCAGACCGCAGGAAGUGAACGUCACAUGUCACCACCCAGGGUUUUCCAAGAGUGACCGCAUGUGCCAAGUUCAGCCAAGUUCAUGCGAAGUCAUGAGAGCGACCGCUCGUGCCACAGGUCUCGCAGAAGACGAGACAAUCAUGUUUGCGUCACAUGGGACAUUCGGAAUUUUGGAUUCAGGAGCCACGAAGACAGUGAUAGGCAGCCAACUAGUGUCUGAUCUGUUACAGAACCUGCAUCCGAGUGUCCGCCAGAAUGUCCGUCGAUGUCGUUGUGAAGUGACUUUCCGGUUCGGGAACCAGGGAACACUGGAUAGCCAAUUUGCCAUGGUCAUCCCAAUAGGUCGAUUAGGUCUGAAAAUCGCCAUUGUCCCUGGAGGAACACCACUUCUGUUAUCGAACACCCUGCUCCGAACAUUGAAAGCCACUGUAGAUGUUGCCAAUCAGCAGAUGCACAGUCCUUUCCUGAAGGUACCAAUUCAUCUAACACUCAACAACCGUGGUUUGUUUCUUGUUGACCUGAAUGAGAUCUCACUCAAUGCCAGGAAAGAAAUCCCGACUGCUGACACGUUUGUGCAUGAAACGCCAGAGACUUCGAAACAGCCGAAGACAAAGAGCAGCCCAAUCAUGUCAGAGAGGUGCCUGCCAGCGGGGACUGGCGACAGCCUGGACACCUUCAAGGCGUUGUCACCGGAACAGAUGGACGCCACUCCCAUCAGUUUUGGCAAAGCCCACCUGGGCAAGACAUAUCGCCAGAUGUGGGAUCAGGAGAUCCAUUGGGUGCAAUGGUUUGUCCGCACUUACGAGAGCUCGGGGAAACUGGAACAUCAGAAGCUCAUUCACUAUGUGACGAUGAUGGUAGAACGUGUGGAGCUGGAGACAGAAUCAGAGUUCCGCCAAUUGCCACAGCCCAAAGUGAAAGCCAAGGCCAAGAGCAUGCCAGCUCACACAGUGCCGCUCGAUCCCGAAGCAGAGGAAGAGGAGGAAGCAUGGAUGGAGUCAAUGCCCCUCUACGUGCCCAUGAACGUCAACACCGAGAACAUUCAUGCACUGCAGCAUCACACCGAGAACAUUCAUGCACUGCAGCAUCGAAUGAGCGGAGUAGAAAAUGCAGUGGGGGAGAUCCUACUGGCCAACUGGGACACCGUGCACAGAGGUUUGGAUAUGAUCAGGGAUUUUUCCCUUUGGAAUGAGAUCCUGACUGCCGUCGGGAAGCGACCGAAGAAAGCCUCAGGUGAGCCUAGCGCUAAACGUCCCAAGGUGAUCACUGCACAACUGACUGAGCCAAACAACCUAUCACAGAAACGACGCCGUGUGGGAGACAAAGGGCCUGAACCAGCCAUGAGUGAGACCAACCAGAGGUCAAGCAUGCUUCCUGAGAACCAACCGAAGCCGGAAAUUCCAGAACAACAGAGCCACAUGCAAAGGCUCAUCACCCGGAUGGAACAUCCAACGGUAGCACCCACAGAUUCCGAAAUGCAACAAGCAAUUGAAACACCAGUUCCUGAUGCCGAUGACGAACUGGUAUGUGAUCUGCUGCUGAGUGAAGACAUUGAACCUCCAUGUGUACAAAGUGCUGAAGUCCCUCUGGCAUGGCGUUGUGAGUUCCAAGUUCCUCAUGAAUUUGAAGAGGGCCACCCAAUUCCAAUCGAGGAUGUCAUCAUGUUGGCCACAAAUCAGAAAAAGUCAAGAACCGAGGUCAGACUCAGUGAACUCACCAAUGAGGAACGGGCAGAAUUCGAACGUGCCAAAUCCACCGAGGUCAAUAAUUGGCUCCAGACAGGUACAGUGUGCAAGGUGCUGCGAGAUAGCCUCUCUCCAGAGCAGAUCCUUAGGUGCCGUUGGAUCCAUGUGUGGAAACCCAUUGAAGACCCAGCCGAACAAAAGCGCCUUGGCAAGAAGCGCAAGGCAAAAUCCAGGCUGGUGGUCCUUGGGUACCUAGAUCCCGAACUAGAGACCAUACCUAGGGAUAGUCCUACUCUCAAUAGGCAAUCCAGAAUGCUCAUUUUGCAGACCAUUGCCUCACUUCAAUGGAAGUUAAUGUCAUUUGACAUCAAAGCAGCUUUUCUCCAGGGAAAGACACAGGAAAACAGGAUCAUAGGACUUGAACCUGUACCAGAGCUUGUAAAGGCCAUGGGACUUCAAAGAAAUGAGGUGUGCAAAUUGGAAAAGUCAGCCUAUGGGCUUAUCGAUGCACCAUAUCUAUGGUACAAAGAACUAGAUAAGACCCUUCGAGAGCUUUCCUUCCGACCAUCCCCUUUUGACCCAUGUGUUUACUUGUUAUACAAACCUGGGGCCACAAAACCAUCAGGGAUCCUAGGCAUGCACGUGGACGAUGGACUAUGCGGGGGUGACAAGUUUUUCGAAGAACAGAUCAGCAAACUGGAGUCAAAGUUUCCUUUUGGAGCCAAACAGUCACAAUCAUUCACUUUCACUGGUAUUGAGAUGCAACAAUUACCGAACCACAACAUUAUCCUUUCACAAGAGAAAUACAUUACCAAAAUUGAACCAAUACACAUUGAACCCAAAAGGAGAACUCAAGAGGACUUGCCAGUGACGGAAGCCGAGAAACUCAGCCUCCGAGCCAUCAUCGGUUCCCUGCAGUAUGCCGCGGUGAACACCCGUCCGGAUCUUGCAAGCAGAUUGAGCCAUUUGCAGAGUGCCAUCAAUUCAGCAAGAAUUUCAACACUCACCGAAGCCAAUAAAAUACUUCAUGAAGCAAAGAGACAUAAAGACACGACAAUCAAAAUCCAAUCCAUUCCAUUUGAUCAACUACGUUUUAUUGCAUUCUCAGAUGCCUCAUUUUCAUCAGCAAAACAACCGGAUUCACACACAGGCAUGAUGAUCAUGGCAACACAUGCCGAUAUAGUCAAGAAUUUUCAAUGCCCAGUGAGCCCGAUCAGCUGGUGCUGCAAAAAGAUCCAAAAGGUCGUGGUAAGUACCCUUUCCGCGGAGACUAUGUCAAUGAAUUCUACUCUUGACCAGCUAUCAUGGAUUAGACUGUUUUGGGGUUGGAUUCAAAAUCCUCAAAUCCAAUGGAAGCGAGCCAAAGAAACACUCAAUGAACUUCCACCAACGUACACAGCUCCAACAAUCAAGGAACCACCUGAUCUAGCCAUUACUGAUUGCAAAUCCCUGUACGACAUCAUUACACGCACAGCACCUCCAAAUUGCCAAGAGUAUCGCACUCAACUACAAUGUCGGGCAAUGAAAGACCUGUUAAGUGAAGGAGUUUCAGUACGUUGGGUACACACAGGUGCACAAGUUGCUGACGCAUUAACGAAAGUGAUGAACACCGCCUUCCUGAGACACACGCUAUCCCAGGGAACGUAUCGUCUGAAUGACGAACAAGAGAUCCUGCGUGAAAGGGCAAAUUCCCGCAGUCGAGUCCAGUGGCUCCAACAAAAUUCUCUUGAACAAAAGAACUAG